UUAGGUAGGUAGGUAUCAGCGAAUCAGCAGCUGAACGAGGCAGAAAAAAAAACUGCGGAGCUGGAAGACGUUCUAACAUCAUCACGUCGUCAUCAUCAUCAUUAUUGUUUAUCAUUAACUGGUAGCAGCAAAUUGGUGCAGCUUCUGAUAAGCGAAACUCUGUUGCGCAUAUAGAGCUAGACGAGGGACGAAAUCAGCACAGGAAGCACUGGAAGAGAUCCAUAAUGUCUCGGGUGCGGGUGCUGUACGACUUCAGCGCCGAGCCAAACUCGGCCGAGCUGACCAUCACGGUGGACGAAAUACUGACCGUCACAAACCCGAACGUCGGCGAAGGAUGGUGGGAAGGUACCAAUAGUCGUGGCCAGCGUGGCUUGUUUCCGGCUGCGUAUGUUGAAGUUGUGCCGAACAAUACUGGCCCUCCGAAAAUGCCACCACCUCCAUUGGCCGCCCCGCAGCCAGUGGCAAAACAACAGCAACCGCCAUCAUCAGCACCACAAGGACCUCGCUACGAUCAAACGGCGGAUGAUUGGGGGGAUCAACAGGACGAUUGGGAAGACGACUGGGACGAUGAUAAUGAAACGUACUCGGAGAUUGGACCCUCAAGUGGAGGAGGUGGGGGUGGAAGUGGUCCAGCCAAAGCCAACAAUAAUCAGAACGGCAACUUUCAAAGCAGCUAUUAUGCGAAUGCAAAUUUGCCUGCACCACCCCCGGGCGAUGGCGAUACGAUGUCCCUGGCAUCGACCGCAACGGGAAGCACGCGAAGGACCACAUCGUCGACAAAGAUAUUUUCCAAAACCGGGGAUGCGUAUCUGAUGGGUUUGAGCGUUCCUGCGGUUUCGGAAGCGGACCGGGUGCAGGUUCUGCAAACUGAGAACGGUAUCAUUUGGAAGCCGAUGCGCGAUGGCUACACAGUGACUGUCGAUUCCCCGAAGAAGGAGAAGAAGUUCAAUGGCCUCAAAAGCUUUAUCGCUUACCAGCUGACACCCUCGUUCAACAACAUUCCGGUUUCCCGUCGUUACAAACAUUUCGAUUGGCUACACGAACGGCUGGUGGACAAAUUUUGCCUGAUACCCAUACCGCCCCUGCCCGAUAAGCAAAUUUCCGGUCGUUACGACGAAGAGUUCGUCGAGCAUAGGCGGGUGCAGCUGCAGGAAUUCGUCGAUUGGAUGUGUCGGCAUCCGGUCCUGUCGACCUGUGCCGUUUGGAUGCAUUUUCUAACCUGCACCGAUGAGAAGAAGUGGAAAACGGGAAAACGAUCCGCCGAAAAAGACCCGCUCGUGGGAACCACAUUCUGUGCAUCGAUUUUCCCGCCGGAUAAAAAUCUACUUCCAUCCCAGGUGGAUCCGCAAAUCGACGCGUGUACCAUGUUCGUACCUCAGAUGAACUCUGCUGUGAAAACCCUGUUCCAAAUUUGCAGCGAUGAGACCAAAAAAUUCCAAACCCAAUGGAAGCAGGACUACCAACGGAUUGGCGAAGGUCUCUCGGAACUUGCCCGUGCCCUGGAGAUUGACGAACGACGUCAAGCAACCAGCGUUAGUCUUUCGAAUUCCGUUGGCCAAGCCGCUGGCGUCUUCAUUAACGUAGGACAAAUGUUUGCGGACCAGCCGAAGCACGAUUUCAUUCCGUUCUCGGAUCGAUUGCAUAUCUACCGGGGACUGCUGGGUACUUUCCCGGAUGCUCUCAACGAGUACAAAAAUGGCGUUCAGAAGCGUAAGGAAUGUGAGAAACUUACUGCGGAACAGAAAAUGGAAAACAGUCAGCUGGCAGAAGUCAACCGGCGGGUGGAUGUAAUGGCCUAUGCCAUGCUCGCGGAAAUGGCCCACUUUCGGCAGGAACGGGACACCCAUCUUAAGGAUACCUUGCACAACUUUAUUGGUGCGCAGAUCGAGUUCUACAAGAACAUUGUGCGCAAGCUGGAGCAGGCGCAAUCAAAUUUCUGAAAAUGAACUCCACUUUUGUAAUAGAUUUGUAACGGAGGUUUCCCUUCUUCCGCGCAUGAUUAAUAUUUUCGCUGAUUUCGUUGAACAAAAUGUCACACAGUCUUCUUUUCCGAAAACACAGAUAAAAAUUCAUAUUUUGUCAUUCCUGUUUGCAAUAAUACAAAAUUUAAGUCUUUACCAAAUUCUUUCUAAAGAUUGUGUAAUGAGGCGAUAAAAUUGACUGUGUAUUUGUCAUUCAGAUAGUUGGUAUAUAUAUUCUCCCUAUUUCCCCAAAAAAAAUCCUUUUAGCUUUAACUUACAAAUGUGCUCCGACAAAGAGAGAAUAAAAACCACAAGCUGCAGUUACUGCAGCAGUUGCAUGCAGGUGUUAGGGAGAAACAGAAAACUGAUUUUUCAAUGUGAAAAAGAUAACAAGAUAAUGAUGCCUUAUGAUACCAGACUACUAAGCAGAUACUGAAGUAAAACUAUAACAGCAUAUAUUUUUUUAUUCAGUUCUAGGAAUGCGUCUCCCAAAGAAAUGGUAGACUCCGAUUUGGAUAUAUUUUUUACUGAUACUAGAAUACACCCACACACAGCAUGAAUAUUUGCUGCAAACCAAGCGUCGAACGUUGGGAGUUUUGUAACAGCAAAUGCUUCGUAAAAGCUUGCCAAACCUUGGCCCACAACACCACAAUUACGAAACGACACAAUCAACUUUUCGUUAAAACGUAGAACAACUCCCGGAGAAAAUGAUGAUUUUUAUUUUAGCAUAUUAACGAGGUGGAUACAUUAUUGCGGGUCGCAAUGGAUGUUACUGGUUAAGUCAAAAAACUGUAUUAGUAGGAAUACAUAUAUCUAUAUAUUCGGCGCAUUUAGCACAAUAAAUGAAAGUGAGCAAUGAACAACCAAACUGGAAA